ACUCGCGCUCCUGGUUGUUGUCAUCACACAAAUAAUAAUUACUUGUUGAAAAUUGCAUUAUUUAAAAAUUUUAUUAAUAAUCAUUCGAAAAAUAAUUUUUUAAAUAAUAAACACGUGUAAAAAUUUCCUAUUUUUAUAAAUGAUUAUUUAUUUAAUAAAAGAAGUGAUAUUGUGAAGUUCAAUAAAUCUAGUAGAGCUGUAGAGGUUAUGAAUAAAAUUUAAAAUUUCGACGUCAAAAUUUAUUUAAAUUUAAUUAAAUAAUGGCAUCAAAAAACAAACAAAAAGAAACGUCGAUAGCUGUCAAAUUGGAAGAACCUCUGACAAGUGAAUCCUGUUCGAAAAUAAUUAUUGAACUGAUAAAGUAUAUAUUGUUUCAAAAGCAGCAAAUACCAUUUUCUUUUGAUACUCUAGUGAAGUUUCAAACUAAAAUAAAACCCUCGGACCGAAAUUUUAAUUCUACUAAAUCACUAUUUAAUACUCUGGACAACAUGACCUCCCAGUUGUCAUCGCAGUUACAUUUAUCUGGGUGCGAUGUAAGAGAAGUUGUUGUGGUUAUUGGUGCUACUACAAUCACUCCGAAGUUUUGUUUGAAACUUAAAUUACCUGGAAUUAUUUUGAGUAGCAAAAAACAUGUGGAGCAUCAACAUUCUUUUAGAAAACCGCUUCUUUCUUUAAUGAAAUCCUUAGUUGAGAGUCCAGAGUUCCAAGAAGCAAUGACAGUGCCCCUAGGCUUGACCAACACCUUCAUAUUGCUUCAGAAAAGCGAUACGAAUGCCAGAUCUGACUAUUUCAUGCCCAAACCUCAGUACAAUUUGCCAGUCUACUCGAGCACGUGUUUUACUAUUAACUUGUACCACGAUGACUUCAUAAUAGACUGCAAGUGUGAUAAUUUAGUGAGGGUGUACAACGACGAUCAGCGAGAACUUGUUGAAGGUCUAGAAAACGAUGAGCUUGACAGAAGAAAUUGCAAUAGACCAGAAGACUCAUAUCUUUGGUACCAGUCCAGGGAAUCUGUUAAAGGAUUUAAAUUUUUAAGAUAACCAUUAUCAAUUAGACACAAUUUUUUUAAACUGUUAACUAUUUAAAGA